AUGUUUAGCAUUUCGCGUAUAUUUCGAGGAAAUCAAUGCGCUUAUUAUCUAAAAAUCGAAUCUACAACUGAUAUCGGUCUACUUCUUGCAAUUUUACCAUCCAAUAUUGCUGGUUAUAUUAUAGGUCAAGAUCCAGUGCGUAUAUCAGUCAUUUGGUGUAAAAUACAGCUAAUGAGCUCGUAUAGUUUUGGUUUAUAUUCUCUUUUUACAAUAUGUUUUCUUGCUUUUGAUCAAUAUCUAUCAACAAAUCAUCGACAAAAUUGGCGACAUAUAAGUACACUUAAAUUAGCUUAUCGUCUUACAUAUUUCAACAUAAGUAUUGCACUAAUUCAUGGAAUACUCUUCCUUGUUUUUGCCGAAAUUGGUCCGUUAGGAUGUACCGUUUAUCAUCCUACAAUUAAUUUUUAUUUAUUUUUAAUACUAUCGCCGCGUUAUCGUAAUCAAGUGAAACAUUUCUUUAUCAAAAUAAUUCGGCGUUCUUGGACAAGAUUAUCUAAUCCUAGAUUAACAAUUCCAAGAAAUAAUCAAAUUGCUCCAGAGCCUGCUCAAGCAAGUGCAUUCAUCAUAGAAUCUGUUUAG